AUCCCCGCCCCCAAUGCAAUGUUGACCAAAAACCAGCAUGAACAUUCAGUCAACUUAUUAGCACACACACUAAACUAAAGCCCUGACAUCCAGCUUUAGCCCGCUAAAACUCCAACACAGCACUUACUCGCCGGGAUAAAGAGUUGGACAAGGAGUUGAAGGGAUGUCGAAAAGUGAGACAGAGGAGAUGAUUGAAAUUGAGAUUGAUGGACGGGAGAAACAGGAGUGUUUAGAGGAAGGGAUCGAGGAGCAAACCAUCACAGCAGCUGAACUGAUCACUCAGGACAUUGACAUCAAUGAGCCGAUCGGAAACCUGAAGAAGCUGCUGGAGCCUCGUCUUCAGAUCCCGCUGGAUGGAUAUGACAUUUGUCUGCAGGACAUCCAAUUGCAUCCUGAUCACAGCUUGUUCGAUCAAGGAGUGAAGACAGAUGGCACAGUACAGCUCAGUGUGCAGAUCGUCACGAAACCCGGUGAAGAGAAGCUGAAUAUUCUGGAGAUUGUGAAGCCAGUGGAAACAGUGGAGGUGGUGAUCGAUCCAGAUGCUGCUGCUGGCGAGGAAGCUCAUCUGGUAGAGGAUGGACAAGUGAUCGCUGUGGAGCGAGCGGCCCUUCCUGAUGAGACCUCAGAGCAGGUGACUCGCUGGGCGGCUGCACUAGAAGGCUACCGCAAGGAGCAGGUUCGACUGAACAUUCCCUAUGACCCCGUGCAGUGGACAGCAGAUCAGGUUAUCCACUGGGCAGUUUGGGUGAUGAAAGAGUUUGGCAUUGAUGAGAUGGAGGUGGGUGGCAUUCACAUCCCGGGCCGGCAGCUCUGUGGCUUCAGCCAGGAGGAGUUCCUGCAGAGAGUGCCCAGCGGCGAGAUCCUGUGGAGCCACCUGGAGCUUCUGCGCAAGUAUGUACUUGCGAGUCAGGAUCAAAGUCAGGAAGCUACAGUCACCAUUGAUCAACCGGUGCAGAUCAUCCCUGCUCCUGUGCAGCAGGCCACACCUACAGCCAUUAAAGUGAUGAAGCACAACAAAACACCACGAGCCCCUCGCAUCUCAGGAGAGGAGCGCAGUUCCCCAGGCAACCGCACAGGUAACAACGGUCAAAUUCAGCUGUGGCAGUUUCUCCUGGAGCUGCUGACGGAUAAAGACUCUCGCGACUGCAUCUCCUGGGUGGGCGAAGAAGGCGAGUUCAAGCUCAAUCAGCCCGAGCUGGUGGCUCAGAAAUGGGGUCAGCGCAAGAACAAGCCCACCAUGAACUACGAGAAGCUGAGCAGAGCUCUCAGGUACUACUACGAUGGAGACAUGAUCAGCAAAGUGCAAGGCAAGCGAUUUGUCUACAAGUUUGUGUGUGACCUGAGGACUCUGAUUGGCUACAGCGCCGCCGAGCUCAACAACCUGGUGACGGAGUGCGAACAGAAGAAGCUGGCGCGGGUGCAGCUGCAGGGCCUCGGUCAGCCUGUAAACACAGUCACUCUGGCCACCGCCACAGGUCAACCCGUCACCACAGUUACUCUGGCCGCCGCCGCGCUGGACAAAGACAGCUGAGGAGAGACUCCCAGCCAAUCAGGAGGAAGACAGGAGCAAUCCGGGUUUGAUAUUUGACUUUGGGCCGGGGUGGGAGAACAGCGGGUUUGUAAGCAGAUGUGCGCUUUGUGUGUGUGGAUGAAUGAAUGUGUGUGUGGAUGUGAGAAAAGUAUAGAUGAUCACGUAUGAGCUUUCAGUUUUUUGUAUGCUUGUUCUCCGACUGCAGGGUAGCAUCGGCUAUAUUUCCAUUGUAUAUAACUCUAUGUUUUUGAUAGCCACGUGGGCGCAGUGUAUUUUGAUAUUUUCCAUUUGUAAAGGAUCUUUUUCUUUUUUUCUUUUUAUUUUCGAGUGUCCGAUUCCCUCAAGGUGAGGUACUUUUUACUGUCCACCAGAGGGCAAUAAAGAGACAGUUGGUUUUUUGAAUUUCA